CUUUGACCCGGAAGCGGUUGGUCUUUUUACGCCCGUACUUAUCUGCAUGCUGCAGCUAGGCCUACUCGUUUCUGUUUUAUAGAUAAAUAAUCCUAAAAGUUGAAGAUAUAUUUUUUUAAAACUGUAUUACACUGUCGUGGUAUUAUGAGACCCAUCCUCCUGCAGGGCCAUGAACGGUCCAUCACACAGAUCAAGUACAACCGGGAAGGCGACUUGCUCUUCUCUGUGGCUAAGGAUACGGUGGCGAAUGUGUGGUACUCGGUGAACGGCGAGAGGCUGGGCACCUACAACGGCCACACGGGCGCCGUCUGGUGUGUCGAUGUUGACUGGGACACCAAACACGUUCUAACAGGGUCAGCUGACAACACAUGCCGUCUUUGGGACUGCCAGACGGGCCGACAGCUGGCCCUGCUGAAGACCAGCUCUGCUGUGAGGACCUGCGGCUUUGACUUUAGCGGGAACAUCAUCAUGUUUUCCACAGACAAGCAGAUGGGUUACCAGUGCUACCUGAACUAUUUUGACCUUCGGGACCCCCAGCAGAUCGAGGAGAACCAGCCCUACGUGUCAGUACCGUGCAGCGAAUCUAAAAUCACCAGUGCCGUGUGGGGGCCACUGGGGGAGUUUGUCAUCGCUGGCCAUGAGAAUGGAGAGAUCAAUCAGUUCAGCGCUAAGUCUGGAGAGGUAUUGAGGAAGGUCAAAGAGCACACCAAGCAGAUCAAUGACAUCCAGACCUCGGUGGAUCUCACCAUGGUUAUCACCGCCUCCAAGGACAACACUGCCAAGCUGUUUGACUCGACCUCGUUGGAGCACAUAAAGACCUUCAAGACAGAGAGACCAGUCAACUCUGCUGCCAUCUCCCCAAUCAUGGACCAUGUGGUCAUGGGAGGUGGACAGGAGGCCAUGGAGGUCACCACCACCUCUACGAGAAUUGGCAAAUUCGAGGCCAGGUUCUUUCAUGCUGCAUAUGAGGAAGAGUUUGGAAGGGUGAAAGGUCAUUUCGGGCCCAUCAAUUGCGUUGCGUUCCAUCCAGAUGGAAAGAGCUACAGCAGUGGGGGGGAGGACGGCUACGUCAGGAUACAUUACUUUGACCCACACUACUUUGAGUUUGAGUUUGAGGGGUGAAGAAGGACCCCCCCCUCACCCACCUCCAGUGAUACCCUGCAGCUCUGCCCCUCGCGUGUCACACACCAGUCUGCUGAGGAUCUGGACUGUCUGACAGAAUUUUUGUUGGUUCUGUGGAUACUGCUAAGUGCUAACCCCCCCCAUGCUGAUAAGUGAUUCAUGCAGUUCUCACAAUAAAGGGCAUCUCAGCUUAA